AUGGUGAAGAAGGAGAGGAGCGCAAAUGUGUCCGGGAAACCAAAGCAUUCGCUCGAUGCGAAUCGUGCCGAUGGGAAAAAGAAAACCACCGAAGGGCGUUCCGCCAGCACAGUUCGCCGGCUUAAGAUGUACAACGUUCGGGUGAAUAGAAGACCCGACGGUAAAAUCAUUAGCAACGAGUAUCAGUCCAAGGAAUUGCCCAACACGCGAAUCCAACCCGAUCGGCGAUGGUUUGGCAACACUCGUGUUAUCGGUCAGGAACAGAUUAAAACAUUCAGGGAGGAGCUGGAGAAGACGAGGUCUAACACUUUCAAUGUCAUUAUGAAGGAGAGGAAAUUGCCGAUGUCUCUUUUGACUGAUAACAAGAAGCAAGCGAGAGUUCACUUGCUCGACAUGGAGCCAUUUCAAGAUGCUUUUGGAAAGAAAACAAAGAGGAAGCGCCCAAAGCUUGUGGCUUCUGAUUACGAAGCUCUGGUGAAGAAGGCAUCUGACUCUCAGGAUGCAUUCGAGGAGACGAAUGGGGAAACAACCUUUGGUGAAGGAGGAGAAGAGCAAGAUGGGUUUAGAGACCUUGUGAGGCAUACAAUGUUUGAGAAGGGACAGAGUAAGCGAAUUUGGGGUGAGCUUUACAAAGUCAUAGACUCCUCUGAUGUAAUUGUUCAGGUUUUAGAUGCUAGGGAUCCGCUAGGUACUAGGUGUCUUCACAUGGAGAAAACUUUGAAAGAGCAUCACAAACACAAGCACAUGAUUCUUCUGUUGAACAAGUGUGAUCUUGUACCGGCUUGGGCUACAAAAAAAUGGUUGAGAAUAUUAUCCAAGGAAUAUCCAACUCUGGCAUUCCAUGCAAGCGCUACCAAGGCAUUCGGAAAGGGGUCACUUCUCUCAGUCUUGAGACAGUUUGCUCGUCUUAAAAGCGACAAGCAAGCCGUGUGUGUGGGAUUUGUCGGGUAUCCAAAUGUUGGGAAAUCAUCAGUUAUCAACACUUUGCGUACUAAAAAUGUUUGCAAGGUUGCUCCAAUUCCAGGGGAGACCAAGGUUUGGCAAUACAUCACACUCACCAAGAGGAUUUUCUUGAUCGAUUGUCCUGGAGUUGUAUACCAAAGCCAUGAUUCUGAGACAGAUAUCGUCCUCAAGGGAGUGGUAAGAGUUACAAACCUGGCUGAUGCAUCUGAGCAUAUUGGAGAAGUCCUGAGGCGUGUCAAGAAGGAACACUUGCAGAGAGCCUAUAAAAUAAAAGACUGGGUGGAUGAUCAUGACUUUCUCCUUCAGCUAUGCAAAGCGUCUGGCAAACUUUUAAAGGGUGGAGAGCCUGAUUUGACGACAGGAGCAAAGAUGAUACUCCAUGACUGGCAAAGAGGUCGCAUACCAUUCUUUGUCAAACCUCCUGAGGAAGACGAUGUGGCUUCUGAGGAAGCAGAAGCAGGAGAAGAAGAAAUCACAGUGCCAGGUAUCGAUAAGGAAGCCAUUGCUGACAACAGUCAGUCAGCUGCUGCGUUGAAAGCAAUUGCUGGCAUCAUGUCUUCCCAACAACAGAAUGGUGUUACUGUCCAAAGGAAUUUCUUCGACGAUGAUAAAAAAGCAAAGGUUUCAACUGAAACUAAGGAUGAAAACGUAACCGAUGCACAAGAAGCUGAGGAGGAUGCUGAGUCAGAAGAUGGAAUGGCAAGUGAGAGUGAUUCAGAUGAGGAUGUUGUGCAAGAAAAUGAUGAGGAAAACGAGUCAGAUUCUGCUUAG